GCCUGUUGUGUUGUGUUGUUGUUUGGGGGGCUCAGUUUGUCGUUUGCACGCGCUUACGCCGGGUCGCAAAACCAACAAAAACCAAAUAAGAAAACCAAAAACAAAAAUCACGUAAAACCUAAAAAACUUGGACUUUUGCUUCUAUUCCAUUUUGUUCUGUUCUGUGCUGUGCUGUGUCGCGUGAGUGUUUGUCGUCGCUGAUUUCACCGCUAAAUGCGAAUAUUUGUUUAGCUAUUUACUGAUGCAUCGAUUCCUAUUCCGAUAACCACUGAGAUAUAUAUGAGAAAUGCCUUGGCCUUGCCCCCGUUCAUCUAACUGGUGACUACGCUGCUCCAAUCCUUGAAUUACCUUUUCGCUCGAAACAUUGCGGCGGUGGUAAUCACGCAUGCCUUAUCAUCAGUCCGUCUCAUUGGGGGCGCGCAAUGCCACGACUUGCCGGAGAGAGAGACAGAACAGAAGCAGAACAGUAUAGCGGAGGAAACUGUGUUUGAAGAGCGAAUCGGAAUAUAUAUAUAUACACGACAUAGAAAUAAUCAAAAGACGCACAGAUAAAGUCGAAAAGAAAGAGAAUUUAAGGUAGAACGCCACAGCAUUUCAUUCAUUCGGGCAGUGUGUAUGAGUCUUUUUGAGUAUUAUGAAUAAUUAUUGGCCAUAAAAGGAAGACAAAACAAAACAACGCACAAUGCAAAACAUCAAAAAUCUCAAGGAUCCCACCAGAUGGAUAUGCAGUCUGGGAAUUUUGUCACUUAUAGUUCUAAUGGGGCAGGUGAAACCAGCGGAAUUAGCCAAGGUUAUAUGUAGGGAUCACGAUACAACAAUCACCUGUGAUUGCAACAAUGAAGGGGAGCAGAACUGGGUGCUACCUCAACUUAAGGGUGCCGUGGAUCGUAUUGAAGUACGAAAUUGCCCUGAUCUCAUCGUGGAGACACAUACAGUAACACAUACCGAAGGAUUACGUAAAAUACGUUUUCAGCAUAUCGGCCAACUUGUCUUGCAUGAAUAUGGUUUAAGUGUAUCCCGUUAUGCCAGCAACAAGGCUUUGAUAGUCGAAUUCGAAGAUGUUAAUUUCCACUUAAUCGAUUCGCAUGCCAUCAAUGGGAAUAUUGAUGAAAUAUCAUUUGUGGGCGGUAGCAUCGAAAAGAUGCAACCAUUCGGUUUCACCACGAUCAAAGAACGUGCCAUAUUGCUUAAACUGGAGGAUGUCACCAUACAACGUAUCGAAAGUCAGGCAUUCAAAAAGUUCUCCGUUGAACAAAUGAUUAUUGCCAAUUGCCAUUUCACAGGCAAUUUGCCAACGCGUGCCUUUUAUGAGGUAGAAGUGCUCAAUGAGUUAAGCAUCCGUAACAAUCAGUUCCUUGAAGUGCAUUCGCUUGCCUUUGCUUUAAAGUUUAUCUCCAAACUAAGUCUGAGCGAGAAUCGUUUCGUCUCCGUUGAUGGGGAAUGGUUAGAGGCUCCUAUACGUGAUGCCAUCACAAUGCGGUCCAAUGAUUUUGGCAUCACCAGCGACAUAGCCUUCAAAGGCUUGAAGGUGCAUCGUGAUUACAAAUUGAGUGAACGUCUGGAGUUACGUUUCCAUAACAAUACCGUACGCAGUUGGCUGCCCACCUCAUCGGUUAUAGCGGUCGAUGGUCUUGGUAAGGGCCAGGAGAAUGCCGUUGUAGUUGCUUCACCUUUGCCCUUACAUUUCCAUGAUGGAUUCUCAUUGAGCCUACGCGAAGUGCGCUAUGACAAUGCCUGGAAUUGUGAUCAAUUGGAUAGAAGUGUGGAGCCACCAUUACCACGAGCCAAUUUCUUUCGCCAAUACAGUGAACAAUUGCUCUUCCAGAGGCAAGCACCCGAACGGUGGAGUGGAACGGAAGUGAACGAAUUUGUUCCACUGCGUCAAAUCAUUGCCGAACAAUGUCAUGUGGCUAGCUAUGUGGCAUAUAUUGUGGUGGGCAGUGUGCUCCUGUCCCUGCUAUUGGUGGCCAUUCUUCUGUUGCUUUGGUGGCGUCUGGCACAGCGACGUAAACGUCGUAAAUUGGAUGUAGUCCAGCCAGAACCACGUACCUACAAAGAGACACAAAUUGUAUACCAAAUCGAGAAUGCUGGCCUGCUCAAGACUGAUAUGUAGAACCAUAUAUAUAUACACACACACACACACACACACAAAUACGUAGCUGAGAGACGCUAGCAGCGCCGCUAAUUAUCCAAGAAAUAUCAACCACCAAGAGAGACCUUUUGUUGUACCAAAAUUCUUAGCUUACUAAUUAAUUAGCUGUAUAUAUAAACAUACAUAUAUCAAGGAUAUAUACCCAUAAGUUGCCCUGUAAAUAUUUAUGCCUGAUAAUAAAUACAUAGUGUAUACAUACAUA